AUGAGCUUAACCAAUCCCAGCAAUGUCGAAGAACACCCAUGGAGCACCGGUCUCUGUGACUGCUGCGGCGACAUCAAAAGCUGCUGCAUCACCUUCUGGUGCCCAUGCAUCACCUUCGGACAGAUAUUAGAGAUUCUGGACAAGGGGGAAACUUCUUGCGUCAUGAACUGUGCAAUCUACACGCUGAUCUACUUGCUGACUUCGUGCGCAUGCCUCUAUUCAUGCUGCUACCGAACCAAACUGAGACGAGAUUUCGGGUUGAAGGAGGAUCCGUGCAACGACUGCUUAGUCCACUGCUGCUGCAUGUACUGCGCGCUUUGUCAAGAGUACCGAGAGCUCAAGAGCCGCGGAUUCAACGUGGAGAAGGGAUGGGCAGGAAACGCGAGCCAACAUGGAGAAGUGGCAAUGGCUCCAAAGGUGGAAGGCGGCAUGAGGCGCUAG